GAACAUUUCGCGCCAAAUUGAAACAAUGGAGCAGGAGCUCUUCAGUCUUCUUACGCACCAGCCGGCGAGCCGCAAGCCAACGCACCUCUUCAAACGUCUCAGUCGCCACCUCUCGGACAAGUUGUUUUUCUGUUCGUCCAGUUGAGCGAACAUGGAGGAGGCCAACAAGCUAAUCGGCUCGGGCAAGAAGCACCUGGUGAUGGGUAAAGUGGUGGAGGCGGUGAGCGCCCUGCAAGAGGCCUGCGGCAUGCUAGCUCAAAAGUACGGAGACACUGCAGACGAGUGUGGAGAGGCCUUCUUCUGGUGUGGCAAAGCGCUGCUGGAUUUGGCACGGAUGGAGAACUCCGUCCUCGGUAAUGCUCUGGAAGGAGUACCGGAAGAUGGAGAGGAGGAUGACGAGAAACCCAAGGACUCUAAUGUUGACAGUACGGAAACCAUUGAUGAGCAGACCAGAGAUGAGCUGAGGGUGCAGGUGUACGACGCCAUGGCAGAGAAGAGCGACGAAGCCGCUGCCGAGGUGAAGAGCGACGAAGCCGCUGCCGAGGUGAAGAAGAGCGACGAAGCCGGCGCCGAGGUGAAGAAGCGCGACGAAGCCGGCGCCGAGGUGAAGAAGCGCGACGAAGCCUCCGGCGCCGAGGUGAAGAAGGGCGACGAAGCCUCCGGCGCCGAGGUGAAGAAGGGCGACGAAGCCUCCGGCGCCGAGGUGAAGAAGGGCGACGAAGCCUCCGGCGCCGAGGUGAAGAAGGGCGACGAAGCCUCCGGCGCCGAGGUGAAGAAGGGCGACGAAGCCUCCGGCGCCGAGGUGAAGAAGGGCGACGAAGCCUCCGGCGCCGAGGUGAAGAAGGGCGACGACAAAGAGAGAGGUGAUGAGCAACAAGAAUCUGCAGAGAAAGAUGAGGAGAAAAACGGCAACUGUGCUAAAAAUGAAGACAAGGAGGCAGAGGAAAAGUCAUCGGAUGAGGAAAAGGAAAAAGACGUUGAGGAGGAAGAUGAGGAAAUGGAGGCGGAGGAGCAAGGCGAAGAAGAUGGAGCUGCCGAAAAAGAAAGCGAGGAGGAGGAGGAGGAGGAGGAGGAGGUGGGGAACCUGCAGCUUGCCUGGGAGAUGUUGGAAGUUGCUAAAGUCAUCUACAAAAGGAAAGAGAACAAGGAGGAUCAGCUGAUGGCGGCCCAGGCUCACUCAAAACUGGGUGAAGUUUCUUCUGAAUCAGGAAAUUACACUCAGGCGUUGGAGGAUUUCCAGGAGUGUCUGAAGCUGCAGGUGAAGCACCUGGACGCGGACAGCCGCCUGCUGGCUGAGACUCACUACCAGCUCGGCCUGACCUACAGCCUGGACGUCCAGUACGGCCGGGCCAUCGAGGAGCUCAAGAGCUCCAUCUCAGUCAUAAAGAGCCGACUGGACAAGCUGCAGGAGCUGCUCAACAAAGCCGAGGGGCCCGACGCGCUGCCAGAUGAGAGGAAGGAGAUGGAAGAGCUGAAGGCUCUGCUGCCAGAGAUUCAGGAGAAGGUGGAGGACGCCACGGAGGGCCUGAAGAUGACCAACGCUGCUGCUGAGGACGGGACGGGUGCAGCGGACGGAGGCUCUACCUCUUCCGCGUUCCCCGUCUCCGUUAUGAAGAGCGCCGACUCGUCGUCCAGCUCAACGUUUGCCGUCACGUCGACCAGCGCUGUCGGCUCCACCAAUGGACACGCCUCCAAAGCACCGGUGUCAGACAUCUCCCACCUGGUCAGGAAGAAGAGGAAACCCGAGGAGAGUCCGGUGAAGGAGGGCGCUGUGAAGAAGGCGAAGCAAAGCGAUGGCGAGUCCAGCGACGUUCACAAGGCCAACCGAGACACGAACGGACACGCCGACAGCACGGAAGUCGAGAGUCAGUGAAAUCGGUGAUCUUUGCCUCCACCCAAGAAGAGAUUCACACACACACACGACGGCCGCCAACUGUCGCUCCACCUGUUUGCUGCUGUAGAUAUGAGCCUUUUUUCUAUGACUGUUGUGAUGUCAGUGUUUAACAUGUGUAACCUUAAGUUCAAUAAAGCGUGAUUUGAUAAA